ACGACGUUAUGUGGCGUGCUCGGGCAUGCUCCAUGCAGUCUGUUUAGUAUCAACAACUUCAGAGAAGGCGCUGCAGCUAGUUUAGCAUUCCAAACAGCUGAUCAAGCUAUAUCCUUGUUUUUGCAUGUGCUGCAUAAUAUCAAAGUGCAGGGUGCUUGUUGUUUUGCUAGUUCUUUCUCACGAAGUCGUACAGAUCGGCUUAGCGGUAGCACUAAAGCAGUUCUGAUUUUAGCAGGCUUUGAAUACCAAGCUAAUUCACUCUACUACCUCUCGGGUGUUUGAAAAUCGAUCGUUGUACGUGAAUAUAAUUGAAUAUCUAGGAUCAGUAUGGAACAAAAUGAGUCGGGCAAAUUGGACUUGGCAAAUGACAUCCACACGCAGAAUUUCAACGUCAUUCGUCUAGCUUCUUAUCGGACGGCUGUCAAAUUCCGUUUCAUUCAGCGAAGAACUCAUUUGCACCUUAUCGAUGUGUGGAAUCUAAUUGAGGCCUUCAGAGAAAAUGGAUUGAAUUCGGUGGAGCCCUACACACCUAUGACUCUCAGUCGACUUGAGACUUUGAUAAACACCCUGUAUGUUCAUUUAAACAAACGGGUCCCCAUUGGGCAACAGCUUCAUGUUGAUCCUGCGACCAUGUAUCUUAUCAAGUGGAUUGUGUCUGUUUACAACCUGAAUGAAGAAACUGAUAGGAUCCCUGUCUUUACAAUCAAAAUGAUUUUAGCCGUGCUGUGUGGUGGAAAGUUGGCAGAUAAGCUUCGCUAUGCUUUUUCUCAAAUGUCUGACUCGAAUGGACAGCUUGUUGCCCCAAAAUUUGAAGACUUCAUGCGUCAGUGUUUUGUUCUAACAGCUGCAGUUGGAGAAGAGCCUUCAUUUCAUUACAGGCCGGCAAUGGCUCAAGAAAUCUUUCCAAAUGGUUCCAAAGUGAGUGUAAAUGAAUUCCUUGACGUCCUCUUGGGUGACCCUGCGGCAGCUCCGUCAUUGGUUUGGCUUCCUCUCAUACAUCGUAUCGCAGCUGCCGAAAAUGUCGUUCAUCCCGUGGAAUGCGUUUCUUGUGGACGCACCCGUUUCAGCGGUUUACGAUACAAGUGUACCAAAUGUCCUUCGGCAUGGAGCCAUCAGUGUCAAGAAUGUUUUUGGCGUGGACUUUCUUUUUCGGAGUCGCAUAAUGCCGAUCACGAGAUUCGCGAGCAUCACACGCCGAAAACCCCAAAGGAAUCGGUGUUUUCGGCAUCUUUGAGGCGUUCCCUUCAGUGCGUGAGAAGCCCCACGUCCGACUACGACCAGAAUCGUACCAAAGUUUGGAGAACACUAGAGGGUCCAGAGAGACCCGUUGCAGUCACGUAUAUUUCAACGCCAUCAGCGACAUUGGAACGCAACGCUUCUCUAUUGGGAGGUAGCGAGACAUGGAAGACCAGCCAAGUGCAAAAUAACACGGGAAGUUUGAGUCGUUCGUGGCAACGCGGAGAUGAUGAACACGGAUUGAUUGCGCGCUAUGCCGCUAAAUUAGCAGAAAAUCAGAAGGAUCCUCGUCCGGAGCAAGAGAGUAGCAGCACCAGUGCACACCAACUAUUGGCUCAGCUUGAGAAUAAAAACCAAGAAAUUCUCAGAGAAAUUGCUCGUAUUCGUCACGAGCAGGAAAUGGAUGAAGGGGUCAUAACGGGACCUUAUCCCCUCAUGGAAGAGUUGAGCGUUCUGCGGCAGAGGAAAUCGGAGCUUGAACAGCAACUGAAUGGAUUACAAGACUCUCGCAAACAACUUAUGGUGCAAUUGGAAUCGCUAAUGAAGAUGAUCAAAAAUCAGCAGCUAUCGCCCCGUUCUACUCCAUCUACGUCUUCUACCCCAAGCCGUGGGAAAAGUCCUUCGGUCGAGGCCGAAUCCCACCAAGCCGCCAUCACCCCGUCAAUGGAUAAUCCCAAUCGUAAUUUCAACACAGGCAGCUUUGAUUGGCGCCAAGAUUUGAUGAGUGCUGCCGAUUCAGUGACGGACGCCAUGAGCAGUCUAGUUCUCGAAUAUAACGGGGAUACUAGCGAAGAUGAAUCGGCUCGGAUUUUCAACGGGUUGUCAAACGACUCGAAUAAUACUUGCGUUUAAGAAAAAAAAACUCUUGCCCACUUUUGGUUUUGUCACGUAUGGCCGUCAUUCCUCUCCAUCUCACUUUUCAGUUGUUCUGGAUUAAGUUCUCCCCACCCCCAUCUUUACUGUUAUGAUAAGUACCACCAGUUAUUUGGUUACCUCGUACUGCCCGAUUACUUAAAAUCUCCAUUUAUAUUUCGGUAGCCUUUAAAGAAAGGUAAUGCAUAAUCCUCAAGAUGCAUUUCUGCCUCCUUUCAAUCAGUGUGUCGUAAUAGCGCCUCUAUGUACGGAACAUAGGUGUAGCCAGGUAACAUGGCUGUGGUCGGUUUUUGUUUUUUCUCCACUGGACUACUUGUUGUUGCUAUUAGAUUGUUAUUUCAAUUUUCAAUUCUCGUUUUCU